UGAAGCUGCUGGGAGUGAACAGAGCACAGCCCUGCUCCUCGCCAGGGCCCUGCCAGGGCUGUCAGCGUGGUGCAAGGGACGAACAAUCUCAGCAUCCCAACCCUGUAGCAAAAGAAGAGCUGCUUGAAAAAGGAGUGUGCUGAAGGCUAGACACCUGUCACCCUAAGAUUUUCCUUGAAGAAAGAAAGCUAAGAAUGCAACCAACAAUAAAGUGAAUAAGCUGUGCAGCUGAAGAAGCAUUCUUCCACUUGGUGAAAAUGUCUUUUAUUUUUUGACAACGAUUAAAGAACAAUGGGGUCAAACACACUUGGGAAGGCUGCAACAUUGGAUGAACUUUUGAACACUUGUAUUGAAAUGUUUGAUGACAAAGGAAAUCAGUGCUCCAGCCAUUUGCCAAGAACCUUUCUUCUAAUGCACCGCUGGUACCUGCCUUCCACAGAGCUCGCUGGCAAGCUUCUGUCCACAUAUAGAGAUGCCAGUGGGGAGAACUGCAAUGAAUUCAGAUUAAAAAUCUGCUAUUUCAUGAGAUACUGGAUUUUGGAAUUUCCUGCAGAAUUUAACUUGGAUCUUGGACUGAUUCGCUUGACUGAAGAGUUUCGAGAGUUAGCCAGCCAGCUUGGCUAUGAGGAUCACAUCCAUCUCAUUGAUAUCUCCAGCAUUCCUUCCUAUGACUGGAUGAGAAGAGUUACACAGAGGAAGAAGAUUUCCAAGAAAGGAAAAGCCUGCCUGCUGUUUGAUCAUCUGGAGCCCAUUGAGUUGGCUGAACAUCUCACUUUUCUGGAGCAUAAAUCUUUUAGGAGAAUUUCUUUCACAGAUUACCAAAGCUAUGUGAUCCAUGGCUGCUUGGAGAACAAUCCUACUUUGGAAAGGUCUAUUGCUUUAUUUAAUGGUAUCUCCAAAUGGGUCCAGCUCAUGGUUCUCAGCAAGCCAACACCACAGCAAAGGGCAGAAGUAAUCACAAAGUUUAUCAAUGUUGCACAGAAGCUCCUUCAUCUCCAGAACUUCAACACGCUGAUGGCAGUUGUGGGAGGUCUCAGCCACAGCUCUAUUUCUCGCCUGAAAGAGACUCAUUCUCAUCUGUCUUCAGAGGUCACAAAGGACUGGAACGAAAUGACAGAGCUGGUCUCUUCCAAUGGAAACUACUGCAACUACCGCAAGGCUUUUGCUGACUGUGUUGGCUUCAAAAUUCCUAUUUUAGGAGUUCAUUUGAAAGACUUGAUUGCUGUCCAUGUCAUUUUUCCUGACUGGGUAGAUGAAAAUAAAGUAAACAUAGUGAAAAUGCAGCAGCUUUCCAUCACCUUGAGUGAACUGGUUUCCCUGCAAACUGCCUCUCAUCAUUUAGAGCCUAACAUGGAUUUAAUUAAUCUGCUAACACUGUCCCUGGACCUCUAUCACACAGAGGAUGACAUCUACAAGCUCUCAUUGGUGCUGGAACCAAGGAACUCCAAAUCUCAGCCUACCUCCCCGACGACCCCAAGCAAGCCAGUGGUGCCUCUGGAGUGGGCAUCUGGAGUGGUACCCAAGCCUGACCCGACAGUCAUUAACAAGCACAUAAGAAAGUUAGUGGACUCUGUCUUUAGGAACUAUGAUCAUGAUCAUGAUGGCUAUAUUUCUCAGGAAGACUUUGAAAGUAUAGCUGCCAACUUCCCCUUUUUGGACUCUUUCUGUGUGCUGGACAAAGACCAAGAUGGUCUUAUAAGCAAAGAAGAAAUGAUGGCUUACUUUCUGAGAGCUAAAUCGCAGUUCCAGUGUAAAAUGGGACCAGGGUUUAUUCACAACUUCCAGGAGAUGACCUAUCUUAAACCAACUUUCUGUGAGCACUGUGCAGGAUUUCUCUGGGGUAUAAUCAAACAAGGCUACAAAUGCAAAGACUGCGGUGCCAACUGCCAUAAGCAAUGCCGAGACCUGCUUGUGCUCGCCUGCAGAAAAUUUUCCAGAGGAACCUCCGUGGGCAGCAACCACGGCUCCCUGCCUAGCAGCCCCUCUCUGCCGCCAGUCCAGGAUGAGGUAUUUGAAUUUCCCAGCGUGGCUACAGAACACCAGGACCUCGAUAGCAGAGCUAUCACCCUCGUCACUGGCUCCUCGCGGAAAAUUUCAGUGCGGCUGCAGCGGGCGACCACCAGCCAAGCAACGCAGACAGAACCGCUGUGGCACGAGCCGGGCUGGAGUGAUUCAGGAUCCCAUACUUUCCCCAAAAUGAAGUCCAAGUUCCACGGCAAAGCUGGGAAGAACAAAGGGUUUGCAAAGUGGGAGAAUGAAAAGCCCAGCCUGCAGGCCGAUGGAGAGCCAUCGAUGCAGGCCAUAGAGGCCGAGGCCCCCCAGCACAUCCUGGAUCACAACGGCAUAGAAACGCUCCCCGAAAGACAGGAAUCGGAGGAUAGCUGAUUGCUCACCCUGAAACACAGAAAACCGGAUGACAACUGUAGCACAGCAAAUUGACAGGCUGUCGUAGACCACGUUUGGCCAUGGGAAGUUUUCCUGUACCUCAUACUUUUAAAUUCAGCUGUAGCCAUUUUCCAAGCUGGUAGGUGUUACAAAGCACUAUUUAUUUCUUGCAUGAUUAAGCCAUUUGGAUGAACAUUACACGGACACAGCAGAACAGAUCUCUGCGCUCAGUGUUUUUUCUCUUGUAUGACUGUGGAAACUUCCUCUACAUGCCAGCGAGGAUAUAUUUGGCCUCUUUCUGAAUAUACUGCAUCACUGCAGUCUGUCUGCCAGCAACAACAAGGGUGAGGACAGAGGCCAAGCAUCCACAUUCGUUUGAUAACACUCCUUUUUCCGAGGCUUGUAAUGAUUUUUAAGGAAAUAAGUGUGUAUGGUGAUUGAAUCUCAAAACACACGUCUUUCCAAAAAGUCCUCUACACUGAAAUCAUUUGAACACCUGGUGGUUUGAAUCUGGGGCACGUUUACCUUGCUACAGUGAGCUCAGUGAUGUUCAGCACCGUGACAGCAGUUCCCAGACCGAGGAUCCUUCAAGCGCACAGCCUGUGGCUGGGAGCAAAGGAGUUCCAAGACACUAUGCAGACAUCUGGUGAUACUGCAAGGGAGAGGAGUCCUCUCUGCCAGCACUGAUUAUGGUAGAAUUAGUAUGUAAUAAACAUCUUAGUUUAAGCGUG